UGGGAGAAGAAAUUAAAUUUGAAGUUGCAGUCCAUUACAUAUGAAUUAAACCAUCUUCUAAGACUUCAAGAAAACUAUUGAAAAUGGAAAGUAUAGAAGCAAUUCCAGGGUGGAUAAGAGUGCUUACGUGUGAAAGAUUCUUCAAUUCAUGUUUGGUUCAUGAGUGUGAAAAGAAAAACGAAGAGAAUACUUUCUGCUUGGAUUGUUGCAUUACUCUUUGCCUCCAUUGUUUGCCUUCUCACACUACUCAUUCUCUCUUACAGAUUAGGAGGUAUGUGUACCAAGAUGUUUUGAGGUUGAAAGAUGCUCAAGAGUUGAUGGAUUGCUCUUCUAUUCAACCGUACAUAACAAACGGAGCAAAGGUAUUGUUCUUAAAGCAAAGGCCGUUACGGAGGCAAAUGAUGAUCGGUUGCUCCGGCAAAUCUUGUUUAGUAUGUGAACGGAAUCUCCAGGACCCGUACCUCUUUUGUUCGAUCUUUUGCAAGGUGAGCUAUAGUAUGAGCAAUAACUCAAUGAAACAAGUGUGGACACCAAAUUCGAUUAAUCCCCGUACAACCUCGUCUGGUUCAAGUAGUUCGACUUCAACUAUUCCUACCAAUUGUAAAAUUCUUUGUACUCAAUCUUUCAAGAAGAAACGAAGAAGCUGCACUAGUAUUGUGUCGUCGGCCAUGAAUAAUAAUCGGAGAAAGAAUGUACCUCGAAGAUCACCCUUGUCUUAGAAUUAAUGACGAAGUAUUUCUGUAUUUUUUGCUAGAAAUAUGAUGAAAUGCUGCUAACAUGCAAUUUUACAUUUGCUCUAUAGGUAUUACAUCAUAUUUCUAACAUCUUACUAGUAUAUGUUUCUUCUAGGUUAUGGUACAUUGAUUAAUGUUUGGGAAUUUCAUACAAGAAGCACCAGUGGUCUAGUGGUAGAAUAGUACCCUGCCACGGUACAGACCCGGGUUCGAUUCC